AUGCCAUACUACAAACUCACUUACUUUAACAUGAGGGGGAGAGGAGAGAUUAUUCGUUACAUUUUUGCAUAUUUGGACAUAAAGUAUGAAGACCACAGAAUAGAACAAGCUCAUUGGCCUGCAAUCAAAUCAGCAAUUCCAUUUGGCAAAAUCCCCGUUUUGGAAGUUGAUGGACUUAUCCUUCACCAGAGCCUAGCAAUAGCAAGAUACUUGGUCAAACAAACAGAUUUGGCUGGAAAAACAGAAGUGGAACAAUGUCAAGUUGAUGCAAUUGCAGACACUUUGGAUGAUUUCAUGUCCCGUUUUCCUUGGGCAGAGAAAAAACAAGAGAUAAAAGACAAGAUAUUUAAUGAGCUGUUUACAUCUGAUGCACCUCAUCUUCUGCGAGAUUUGGACACAUAUUUAGGGGGAAAAGAGUGGCUUGUUGGUAACUCUGUAACUUGGGCAGAUUUCUACUGGGAAAUUUGCAGUACCACACUUUUGGUCUUUAAACCUGACUUGUUGGACAUGCAUCCAAGGCUGGUGAUGUUACGGAAGAGAGUUCAAGCCAUCCCAGCAAUUGCUGACUGGAUACAACGAAGGCCCCAAACCAAACUCUAAGUGAUACCUGCUCCCUCCUAAAUUUUGUGGUUCUUCAAGCCUCCUCCCAUUAGAGAAGACAGCUAUACCAGCCUUCCACAUAACUCAC